AUGAAUACCGAGAUCCGAGAUUCUAUUGCCCAAACUAUCAAAAGUCUCGAUAGAGAACUUCGCGAAAUCAGUAUCAAGAUUCAUGAUGAUCCCGAACUAGGCAACAGAGAGUUCCAUGCUCAUGAUCUUUUGACAGCUUACCUCGAUAAGAAGGGCUUUGAAGUCACUCGUCAAGCUGCUGGACUCGAAACUGCUUUUAUGGCCAAAUUUUCUAACAGCAAGUCCGGUAGACGUGUUGGUUUUGUUUGUGAAUAUGAUGCUUUGCCUGGUGUUGGCCAUGCUUGUGGUCAUAAUAUCAUCACUGUGCAAGGUCUUGCUUCUGCUCUCUGUCUCAAGACAUUAAUGGAGCAAAACUUGGUUGAAGGUACAGUUGUUCUUUUCGGUACUCCUGCUGAGGAGUCUACAAGUGGUAAAGUCAAUUUCAUCAAUAAGGGUAUCCUUCAAGAUAGUGUUGAUUUCUCUAUGAUGCUUCACCCUUUUGCUGAUGAUUCUCUUUAUGCCAAAAUGUUAGCUUUGGAUACCCUUGAAGUUGAAUUCUUUGGUAAGGCUUCUCAUGCUGGUAUGGCACCUUGGAAUGGUGUCAACGCUCUUGAUGCUCUUAUGCAAGGCUUUGAUAACGUUGGUUUAUUGAGACAACAAAUGUUACCCACCGACAGAGUUCAUGGUGUUAUCACUAAUGGUGGCAAAUCAGCCAAUGUCAUUCCAGACUAUGCUUCUGCCAAAUUCAUGGCUCGCUCUGUUACCAAAAAUCAACUUAAGGAAUUGAAGGAACGUGUUGAAAAGUGCUUCUUGGCUGCUGCUCGUGCUACUGGCUGUUCUGUCAAUUUGAAAUGGGCCGAAAUUGGUCCUCUUGACGAUGUGUUUAUGAACGAUGCAUUAACAGCUAGCUUCAAGCACUACAUGAGAGAAGAAGGUAUUACUUACCGCUCAAGAUCUGAAGAAGAACAAAUCACUACAGGUAGUACUGAUAUGGGUAACUUCAGUUAUGUUGUUCCCUCCAUUCAUCCUGCUUAUGGUAUUCAUACAACUGCUGCCAAUCACACCAAAGAAUUCACAGCUGCUGCUCGUACUGAAGUUGCACAUCAAGAUACACUUCGUGCUGCCAAGUGUCUUUGUUUGACAGCUGCAGAAGUUUUGCGUGACGAUGAACUUUAUAAGCAAGUCGUUGCUGAUUUCAAGAAGGGAAAGCCUCAAUAA